ACUCUGCGGGAGUCCCGGUCGAUCCAUUCCCUGGGAUCUACGAGUUGGGCCCGGAGUUCCAUCCGUGAAAGGCAGGAUGAUCCCAGUGGCGGAGUUCAAGCAGUUCACAGAACAGCAGCCUGCAUUCAAGGUGCUCAAACCCUGGUGGGAUGUAUUGGCUGAGUACCUCACUGUGGCUAUGCUCAUGAUUGGGGUCUUCGGGUGCACCCUUCAGGUGACACAGGAUAAGAUCAUCUGCCUGCCCAGCCAUGAACCCCGAGAGAACUUAUCAGAGGCUCCUUGUCGGCAGCUCUUACCUCAAGGGGUCUCUGAGCAGAUGGGGGGCCUCCGAGAACUGAGUGGCCUCAGAAACAACCUCGACCUCCAGCAGUACAGCUUUAUUAACCAGCUGUGCUACGAGACCGCCCUGCACUGGUAUGCCAAGUACUUCCCCUACCUCGUCGUCAUCCACACGCUCAUCUUCAUGGUCUGCACCAGCUUUUGGUUCAAAUUCCCCGGCACCAGCUCCAAGAUCGAACACUUCAUCUCCAUCCUGGGCAAGUGUUUUGAUUCCCCAUGGACCACUCGGGCUUUGUCUGAGGUGUCUGGGGAGAACCACAAGGGCCCAGCUGCUGGACGGGCCAUGGUGUUCACGGUCACAACAGGGGCAGGAUCGGGAAAGGCGGGUGAAGGCGAAAAGGAGAAAGUGCUGGUGGAGCCUGAGAAGGUGGUGACUGAGCCUCCAGUUGUUACUCUGCUGGACAAGAAGGAGGGCGAGCAAGCCAAGGCCUUGUUUGAGAAGGUCAAGAAGUUCCGCGUGCACGUGGAGGAGGGCGACAUCCUCUACUCUAUGUAUAUCCGGCAGACCGUGCUCAAAGUGUGCAAGUUUUUUGCCAUCCUGGUUUACAACCUGGUCUAUGUGGAGAAAAUCAGCUUCCUGGUGUCCUGCAGGGUGGAGACCUCAGAGGUCACAGGGUACGCCAGUUUUUGCUGCAACCACACCAAGGCCCACCUCUUCUCUAAGCUGGCCUUCUGCUACAUCUCUUUCGUGUGUGUGUACGGCAUCACCUGCCUGUACACGCUCUACUGGCUCUUCCAUAGGCCCCUCAAAGAGUAUUCCUUCCGGUCUGUGCGGGAGGAGACAGGUAUGAAUGACAUCCCGGAUGUGAAGAAUGACUUCGCCUUCAUGCUCCACCUCAUUGACCAGUAUGACUCCCUCUAUUCGAAACGGUUUGCCGUCUUCCUCUCAGAAGUCAGUGAAAGCCGCCUGAAGCAACUCAACCUCAACCACGAGUGGACACCUGAGAAGCUGAGGCAGAAGCUGCAGCGCAACACACGCGGCCGGCUGGAGCUGGCCCUCUGCAUGCUCCCGGGACUGCCUGACACGGUCUUUGAGCUCAGUGAGGUGGAAGCCCUCAGGCUGGAGGCCAUCUGUGACAUCUCCUUUCCCCCAGGGCUCUCCCAGCUUGUGAACCUUCAGGAGCUCAGCCUUCUGCACUCGCCUGCCAGGCUGCCCUUCUCUUCACAGAUCUUCCUGCGGGAUCGCCUGAAGGUGAUCUAUGUCAAGUUUGAGGAGCUGCGAGAGGUGCCCCUCUGGGUGUUUGGGCUUCGGGGCUUGGAGGAACUGCAUCUGGAAGGGCUCUUCCCCCCAGAAAUGGCCCGGGCUGCCACCCUUGAGAGCCUUCGGGAGCUUAAGCAGCUCAAGGUACUGUCUCUGCGUAGCAACGCUGGGAAGGUGCCAGCCAGUGUGACUGACGUGGCCGGACACCUUCAGCGGCUCAGCCUGCACAAUGAUGGGGCUCGCUUACUCGCCCUCAACAGCCUCAAAAAGCUGGCAGUGCUGCGGGAACUGGAGCUGGUGGCCUGUGGGCUGGAGCGCAUCCCCCAUGCAGUCUUUAGCCUGGGUGCUCUGCAGGAACUUGACCUCAAGGACAACCACCUUAGGUCUAUAGAGGAAAUUCUCAGCUUCCAGCACUGUCGGAAGCUGGUCACUCUCAGGCUGUGGCACAACAAGAUAGCAUAUGUUCCUGAGCAUGUGAGGAAGCUUCGGGGCCUGGAGCAGCUCUACCUCAGUCACAACAAGCUCGAGACUCUUCCCCCGCAGCUUGGCCAGUGCUUUGGCCUCCGCCUGCUAGAUGUGUCCCACAAUGGGCUUCGCUCCCUGCCGCCUGAGUUGGGCCUUCUCCAGAGCCUCCAGCAUCUAGCGCUCUCCUACAAUGCACUAGAGAGCCUGCCUGACGAACUGUUCUUCUGCCAGAAGCUGCGGACAUUGCUCUUGGGCUACAACCACCUAACUCAGCUUUCACCCCAUGUGGCCGCCCUGCGGACCCUCAGCCGUCUGGAGCUCAAGGGCAACCGGUUGGAGGCUCUGCCAGAAGAACUUGGUGACUGCAAGGGGCUGAAGAAGUCAGGGCUGUUGGUGGAGGACACCCUUUAUGAGGGACUGCCUGCAGAGGUGCGGGAGAAGAUGGAGGAGGAAUGAGGCCUGGUGGGGGAAGGGACUGUUGACGCAGAGGCCUUCAGAUCCUUCUGCCCCAGCCUUGUCUUCCAAGGGAGAUGUCCCAUAGGCAAAGCAGGAGAGAAAAGAAGGUUAGACGUGUCGGUUUUGUGCAAUUCAGACAAGAUCCUGGGACUGGUUUGUCUAGGAGAGAAGUGGGAGGUGGUGGAUUUGGGGUGUAACCCCACAGGAAAGGAUUAACUCAGUCUUAGAUUCUUGAACCAAAACCACACCCGCGUCUUUGGCUGGCUGGCUUGUCCUUCCUCUGAACAUUCCAGCUUAAUUAGUGUCCUAUACAGGAGUGGGGGGGGCAUAUCCCAGUGGGAUUUCCAACCCACCCCAAUGACAAAUCAUCAUACAUCUAGAGUUCUCCCCUAAGGAGAGGACACAGGGACUAGUUCCAAACCUCCUCAUCCCAACUUUAAUUCCAAGUCUUUAUUUCAUAAGUCAUUUGCCACAGAGAUGGGUACUUAGAACAAUGAUUCUCACAUUUAGCUAUGUAGUAAAAUAAGCUGAGGAGCCAGGAAGAACUAAAACAUCCCACACCCUACCCCUGAAAUACUGACUCAGAAUUUUUGGGUGGGGGCCAGGAACCUGCUACUGAAUAAGUAUGCCAGGUGAUUCUGAUUCAGGUGGUCCUGAGACUGUAUAAUAGAAUUGUUGACAUAAAAGACUAGGCUGGGCUGUAGCUCAGUUGGGAGAGUGCUUGCUUAGCAUGCAGGAAGUUCUGGGUUCCAGCCCAAGCAUUUCAUGAACCAGGAGCAGUGGAACGUGCCUAUAUGAUACUCUGGAGGGGGAAGGGGGAGGAUUGAAAGGUUGAAGCCAGUUUGGGAGACACAGCAGAACUUGUCUCCAAGACAACGAAGAAUGGGUACUGGAAUGUCUACAUACAGAGCUCCUUUUCUGGCAUCUUAGAGAACCCCAUGAAACCAAGCACCACAUUUCCUCAGGAAAAUGCUUAUUUAAUGUCAUAAAAACUCUGUAAACAAAGUCAGGCAGUCACAGAUCCCCACUAGACUACUGUCUUAGUUAGGGUUUCCCUUGCUGUGAUGAAACACCAUGACCAAAAAGCAACUUGGGGAGGAAAGGGUUUAUUCGGCUUAC